AUGCCGGCCAUCUAUACGAUGAGCGGCGGCACGUCGCUGGCGGAUACGACAAGGUCACGCAACACCACGCGUGACCGGCAACGCAACUGCAUCGUCCACCACCUCGACUCCCAGUGCACCUUGUCUCGCAGUACGCCUCAGCUGACCAGCAGUGCGACCUCGAGCAGCACGGUCGCGACCAGUACGAUCUCGAGCAGCGCGACGUCCACGGCCACUUUCACAACUACAUGGAGCAGCCGCGCGAGCGUGGUCGCGACGAGCAGCGCAGCUGCGAGCUGCACGACCUCGAUUGCGACACUAACGAGCAGCACCACGCCGGUCAACACCAAGGUGAGCCGCGGCACGACGCUGACGGACACGUCAGGGUCAUUCAAUACCACGCUGACCGAGAUGUUUUCUCCGACGGCUUGCACGAGCGGCAGCAGCAGCACGACGGCUAGCUCGAGCGUGUCCAGCUGCACAACUGCGUAG